GUCAUUCUUUACAGAAUACAGAAUCCAGUCACUCGUUUACCUCCGAUUCUAUCCUCAUAUUUCCUGACUAACGCUCUUGUCGUCAUCUUGAGCAUUCUUUGCAUAUACCCCUUUCUAUAAUCCGCUUGAACCGCACUCCCGCACCAGAACUGCAAUCCACCGCAACACCAUGCGCAUGCGUCUAUCCAUCCCCGCACUGCUGGUGUCGCUGACAUCCCUCGCCUCGGCGAUCAGCAUCACCAAGCCGGGUCUCAACGCAACCUACCCGGCCGGCUCCACCCUGACCGUGAACUGGACGAGCGUCGACACCGACCCCAGCUACUUCAGCCUGUAUCUCUGGAACUUCGUCUCGUGGCCGCCGACCUACGUGCCGCUGGCCCUGGACAUCCCGACCUCCGACCUGACGCACCGCGUGCAGAUCCCCUGCGACACCGACCCGGAGUGGGGCUACCAGAUCAGCGGCAUCAACGGCACCAACGUGUACAUCAUCUACGCGCAGAGCGAGAAGUUCACCGUCGCGCCACCGGUGCAGCCUUGCUCCGACCCGAAACCCUCGUCUCUCCCGGGGCUGCCGUCUCCCUCGCGCACCCCGGUGGCCGCCCCCACCUGCCCGGCCCCGGCCACGCAGACCGUUUAUGUCACGGUGAGCCCCACCGGUUCCAGCUCUGUCUUGCCUCAUCACCACCACACCGAUCAUCAUGACCACCACCAUCAUCACUCUCCUUCAAAUGUCCUCCCCGCUGCUACCCCCGCCAUCCCCGUUGCUGUUGUCCCCGUCGUGACCUCCAAAACCGUGAAACCUGGAAUCGUGCCUAAGACUAUUGGUUGGUGUUCAGACUAUGCCCACCCUGUGACCCUCAGCAAUGUGCCCACGCCCACGGCGGCGGUGGUGGAGGUGUCGACAGGCCUGACGACGGCGGCGGUGACUGCUGCGCCGAGUGCGGAGGGGGGCGACGUGGUGGUGGAGACGGUGACGACGACGGUUAGUGUUGUGGGGGAGGCGUGCAAGUUCGCUUGA